AUGCAGUUAAAAACGCUUCUGCUCUCGUCGGCGACUCUGCCGCUCGCGACGAGCGAGACGGUCCUCGGCGUUUACAUCUUCCACCGCCACGGGGAUCGGACUCCUAAAAGUCUCGCGCCCACCAACUUGACCGCGUUGGGCGCCGACCAGGUCUUCCAGUCCGGCAGCUACUACCGCAGCAAAUACGUCGCAUCGGACGCGCGCUCGCCCAUCGUCGGCUUGAGCAACGACAUCGCCGUGCCCACGCAGCUAAGCGUGAUCUCCCCCGCGGACUCCGUGCUCCAGAGCUCCGCGAUGGCUUUUCUCCAGGGCAUCUACCCGCCCGCCGGCGACAACGGCAUGUCCGUAUUAGCCAACAAGUCCGAGGUCCAGGCUCCGCUCGGCGGAUACCAGUACAUCCCCGUCGGGGUAUCGUCGACCGCCUCCUCGAACCCCAACUCGGAGAACAACGAGUGGCUGCAGGGCGGCUCCGGCUGCGGCAACGCCAUGGUGAGCUCCAACGACUACUUCCGAUCGGCCGAGUUCGCCAGCACGCUAGACCGCACGCGGUCUUUUUACAGCGGUCUCCUGCCCGUGAUCAACGGCACCUUCAGCGCCGGCCAGGCCAACUUCAAGAACGCGUACACCAUCUUCGACCUGGUCAACGUGGCUACCAUCCACAACCAGACGAUCCCGUCCGAGAACCUGCUCACGGACGACGCUCUGUUCGAGCUGAGGACUCUUGCCGACGCUCACGAGUGGAACCUCGCGUACAACAGCAGCGACCCGAUCCGCGCCGUCGCCGGCGCCACGCUCGCCGCGCAGAUCCUGCAGCAGCUCAACUCCACGCUGACCAGCCGCAGCAAGACCCCCGUCGGCAUCCAAUUCGGCGCCUACGCGUCCUUCAUGUCCUUCUUCGGACUAGCACAGCUGGACAAGAUAUCCGCCGACUUCACCGGCGUAGUCGACUACGCGUCGUCCAUCGUCUUCGAGCUCGUUACCAACGCCAGCACGGCUUCCUACCCCAGCCUCGACGACGUGUCCGUCCGCUUCCUGGUGGCGAACGGGUCCGCGGCCCAGCACGCGCCCCGCGAGUUCCCGCUAUUUGGACGGGAACAGUCCCCGCUCCCGUGGAACGAUUUCGCUGCUGAGAUCAACAAGUUUGCCAUCGGGGAUACGGCGGCAUGGUGUCAAGCCUGCGGAAACACGACGGGUAUCUGCGCGAGCGCGGCGUCUUCGCCGGGUGGUUCUGAUAGUGAUAACGGCAACGGUGCGGCAGCUACUACGUCUGGCAACGGCAUUUCGCUCCCCGUUGCUGGUGUCAUCGGCGCUUUGGUCACGCUUGUCGUAAUUCUCGGCGUUGAAGGCCUUGUGUAUGCUAUCGCGGGUCUGAAGCUCGUUAAGAAGUCGACCCUGGCUGCUGGUGCUGGAACUGCUGGUGUUGCAGGUGGUGUUGCGGCGGCGGGCUCAAAGGCUUAG